AUGGCACCUCCAGCGACUCCGCUUGAUUUGUCGUACGGUCAAUCAAUGUUACCAUCGAAUUUAUUGGUUAACUCACCAUAUGUUCAGCAGACACUGAAUAUGGUGCCUAUGUCGCCGGUUCUACCCAGGCAAUACGUGCCUCCGCCAGUUAAUCUCUCGCAUGGGAACUUGGCCCACCAUCAGCAACAAUUACAGCAGAUGCACUCACAGCAUCAGCAUCAAAACCAACAACACCCACAUUUUGUAUCACAAUCACCCUACUUGACUCCGCUCGGUAGUAAAAGCAAUUUGGAACAACUUAACCUUUCACGCACAGUUAUAUUGAAGAACAUUGACGAAAGAGUGACGUUGAAUGAGUUGUUGAAUUCCAUUGAUUUUGGCCCUAUUGAAUAUUGUAAGAUGUAUUCAAGGCCGGCCCCAGAACGUUUAAGGGAUACAGAUAAUUUGAAGACUUGUGUUAUUUCAUUCGUUAACUCGAAGAUUUCGAUUAAUUUCCAUUUAAAAUAUUCUAAGAACCGGUACAAUUUGAAUAAGUUGAAGGAGAAGUUGAGAAAUUCAAAAUAUUUAAAAGUUUCUUUAAAUGAAUCGCAUAAUACUAGCUCAAAUGGAAAUUCAAAUAAUUUUAAUAAUCAUUUAAAUAGACAGGACUAUAUCAAGUUGAAAACCCUUAACUAUAUUUUGGAAUUUAAUGCUACCCGGUGUUUGUUACUUAAAUUGCAUUCCAAUAGCUUCGCCUCGAUUGAUAUCGAAGAAUUUGAGAAUGAUGUGACAAACCAAUGCUCAAAGUUUGGAGAUAUUGAAGAUUUCAAAAUUUCGACAAACGAAUCUAAAUCUGAAAUCAAGUGUUUGGUUCAUUUCACAUCGAUUGAUGCCGCUAUCAAAUCAUAUGAAUUUUAUUUGAAGAAAAUCCAGGCGGAUAAGCAGAAUCAGAUUGAUCUGGAAGGUACCGACAAAUCGCUGGAAACUAUUGAAUUUAUCCAAGCUUCCUUUCAUAAAGAUAGGUGUGACAGAACUGUAAUAGAUAAGCCAUCCUUAGGCUCUAAUACAAACUCGCCCAUGCUCGGUAAAAGACAAGUGACCAUAAACCACAAUAACAUUAUUCCUGAAGACUUAAAUGAACACAAUACAGACACUGAGGAAGACAUAGAAGUCUAUGAAGAGGAAGCUUUAUUGAAUGAUCAAAGUAUUUUAGAGAAUAACGAAUCAAUUCGGAACUCUUUACUUUCUAACGCAAAGCAUCCUCAAGAACCAAGCUUUGACCAGAUUAGUUCGAAGUCUUCGUCAUCGCAGAAUAUUGAUCAGAGCUAUAUUUCAAAUACCUCUUCAUACAUGCUCAACACAUAUCCUUCGAUAAAUCAGUCUCAAGUAAGAAUGCAAAUGCCUCAAGUCCCUAGUAAUAACUCAGCAUCCUAUCAGUACAACCCAGAUCCAUUCAAUGUCGGCAAUAGGACAAUUUAUUUGGGAAAUUUGCAUCCAAAUACAACCGUUGAAGAGAUUGCAAACAAUGUAAGAGCUGGUGGUUUGGUUGAAUCAAUUAAAUAUCAUCCAGAUAAAAGGGUUUGUUUCAUCACAUUUAUUGACCCCACCAUCGCUUUAAAAUUUUAUUUGAAUCACCAAGUUUUACAUCAAUUGGUCAUUCAUGGAUAUGAUAUCACUGUCGGCUGGGCUAAAAAUCAUUCGGGAGCUUUAAAUAGAGAAAUUUCAUUAGCCGUCACAGCUGGAGCCUCGCGAAAUGUGUAUAUUGGUAUUAAAUUGAAUAAGGAUGAAAAUAAUAAUAUAUCAAAUACACCAAAGGAUGAAAAGAUUAGAUUACCAAAUGAAUCUGUCUUGAGGUCAGACUUCUCAAAAUUCGGUGAGUUAGAACAAAUCAAUUUUUACCAUAAUAAAGAUUGUGGGUUUUUAAAUUUCAUAAAUAUUGCUGAUGCUAUUAAAUUGGUUGACUCAUUUGAAUCUAAAAAUAUUUCUAAGAUCAAUAAAAUAGUGGGUGAUAAUGGUGAAUUUUAUGACAAAUAUAAGGUAUUUAAAAUCAGCUUCGCAAAGGAUAGAUGUGGUAACCCACCAAAAUUCAGUUUCAAGAAAAAGCUUGGUAAAAGAAAAAAGGAAUUGAUGAAACCAGAGGAAGAUCUUGAGGUCAGCAAACUUGAUCAUAAUAGAGAUAACUCUAAUGCAGUGCAUGAAGAAAUGAAUGAAGAAGCAGCUAUGGUUUUUGGUAUUAUGAGUACUGCUGAUUCUAGUAAAGAAACCAAGAACUCAACAGACAAUGAAAAACCAGAAGUAAUCAAGAAACCUUUCGAACAAUCGGAUAUUUCCAUUAACGGAGGUACCAAGAAAGGAAAUGAAAAGAUCAAUAAGUAUGAGAAGACUGAUAAAUACGAAAAGACGCCAACGAAUAAUGAGGAUGUAAAACUUCCUGAUGUUGUAAAUGAGAAUGAUGAUGAAGAAGACGAAGAUGAUAUUUCAAUUAUCAUAGGGUCUGAUGAGACUACAUCUUCUACGAGAGAUGAAUUGAAACAAUUGCGUAAUAAUGGACAUAAAUUCUAUGAUAGCAAAGUUGAUACCUCGGAUACCUUUAUUCCUUUAAGGAAAUCAUCUAGAAACUCUUCUAAUAUUUCAUUAAACUCGCAUAACUCAAACUACAUGAAGUACUACAAUCAUGAUUCAAAAUUUCCACCUUCCCCUUAUCACCACCAUCAGCAACAGCAACAGCUCUAUUAUAUGCAAAAUGCACAAAGGCCAAUAGCUGGUCGAAUGAAAAGCUUUGGUUACGGUGGAUAUUACCCACCCACAAAUCCAAAUCCAAAUCAAUACACUUACACUGCGAAUCCUUCAAAGAAUCCUUAUUCUACAUCCGGUUCUCAAGUCAUGUCUCAAUAUUUGGCUAAAUCUCAACAUGAUAAUUUAUUAUACGCUGCAAGUAUAUUAUCAAAUGAUGUUGGCAUUGAUGAAGAUAAAGAAUAUCACUAUAAGUCGAAUAGUAGGCGGAACUCAAGAAAAUGA